GUUCGAUCCAUCGAUCUACAACCCUUCCUACCUCACUUGACAACACAUUCAGCCUAACUACUAGCACUCCACACUUCCACACAAACAUGUCCGUUCCCGAAAUCGUGAUCAAGACCCGUCAGGCCGCCUCGGGCCAACCUGGCGAAACGGCCGAGGUCAGGCAGGUCACCACCACCGAGGACAUGCAUCCCGAUCCUUCCAAGAGCAUCAAGCUGCCCCCCAACAGGCAGAAACUCAUUGACGAUGUGAUUGCCCUCUACUCGAUGGAGCCUACUGUCGAGCGUGUCUCCCGAUACGCCCCCAGCUGUGUCUAUGAUGACCAGUUUGUCUACGCUAACAACCGAUACAAGAUGGCGUGCCAGUGGUUCGCUCUGCCCAAAUUGUUCGCUGCUAGCCGAAACGAAGGAUACGAGAUCAUCCACAACUCUCAAAACUUGAUCCAGUUCAAGAAUGAACAGACUUGGGAGCUCUUGGGCGUCGGCAGCCUCAAGCCUAUUACCAUCAACGCGCUCGUCAGCCUCUCGCUCGACCCGGCUACUUCGGACUCUGACUUUCCUCUCAUCACCUACCACAAGGAUCAAGCGAAUGAGAAGGACUACAGCCACGGAGGUAUCGGCUUCAUCUUGAAAAAGGGCCAGGCCGACAUCGUUCCCAAACUCUUCUUGGACAAAGAUUCUCCUGUUCACUUCUUCAAGGAGGACGAUCUUCCCGAGAAGCCUGUCGUCAAGCACGGCUCGGGUACCAACGCUCCCACCAAAGACUUCUAGGUAUCGCGCCCCGAAGCCGACCUGCCUCUGACUCGGUAGGAGCAGGUCCUCUGUCAAGUUUGCUAGAAGAAGAUUAGAUCGAUGUCAAAUGAUUGUAUCCCCUCAGACUCGAAAAACAAGUGUCUAUUUUCUGCUGAAUCGGACGACCCGCUCCUGGAUCCUGGUACCGCUCUUGUCGUUUGUAGGGCAUGGAUGACGAGAAGAGAGUCGCACAUCGACUAGAG